UGAAAGCAAUAUCAGUCAAUCUCCUCAAUCGUCACUCCGGCACUCACCUAAAGAAGUCGAGGAGCCCUGAGCGCACCGAGCAACAUGGAAGACGAAAGUUGGAUGAAGCUCAUAUUGAUCAACCAGGGACACUUCAUCUCCUCGUCCCUCAAGGCCUUGGUGAAGCUCAAGGUACCUGACAUCCUCAACAAGGCCGCACCCUCCUUGCUCUCCCCAGUAGAGAUCUGCGACCAGCUGCCGCUGCGCAGCAAAGCCACUCUAGAUUCUUCCGCAUCUCAGCUGGGUCGACUUAUGCGUGCUCUGGCCAUGUUUGGUGUCUUCCAAGAGUGCCCCUCGUCAGAGGGAGAACAGAGGUAUGGCCUCAACGCCGUCUCCAAGCACCUAGUCACAGAAGGCAAUAGCGAAUCAAUGGUACCAUCGAUGAUGUUUUUCCCCAAGCAGUAUAAUGUAUGGGACUUGUUACCUGACGCUAUACUCGAAGGUGUACAGCCAGGCUCCAAAGCUCAUGCUGGAAAGUCGGUGUUCGAGCUGGACCCAGCCAUCGUCACGGUUUUCAACACCGUCAUGUCAGCUUACACGAGACGUACCAUGCGGCUCGCUCUGCAAGUUUACGACGGCUUCCAGCAUGCGAAGGUGAUUGUGGAUGUCGGUGGCAGCUUGGGAGCGUCUCUAGAAAUUAUCCUUGCCAAGUACCCGAACGUCAAAGGGAUUAACUUCGAUCUCCCAGUGGUCGUGGAACACGCUGCAAAAGUACAAGGUAUGGAAAACGUCGGAGGAGACAUGUUCGUCUCCGUUCCUCAAGGAGACCUCAUGUUGCUGAAGUGGGUUCUACACGACUGGAGUGACGAAAAAGCUAUCAAGAUCCUUGAAAACUGCCGCAAAUCACUUGCAGAGGGAGGCAAGGUGGUGGUAAUUGAUGCACUUCUGCCGGAGGUUGCUGAAAAAAGCGAGGAAUACAGCCUGGCUGACAAGAAUGCAGUUUUGUAUGAUCUAGCUAUGCUAACAACAGGAGAAGCAGCAAAGGAGAGAACUUACAAGGAGUUGGAGCAAGUUGCGAUGGCUGCCGGCUUCUCCAGCUUAUCAGUCAGAGCUAGAGUCGAUUCUGCCUCCAUUAUCGAGGUCUAUCCUUAAAACUUCCAGACAAUCAGUGCAAUCCAGAUAUUUGUGAAACGCAUUACCUGCUUGAUGCUGUUGCUGGUUGCUGUUCGCGAGAAAUUACGUCGUCCUCUGUAUCGUCACUGGUUCCAUCAGUAAAGUCGUCACUGUCGCUCA